AAGACCGCUAUCAAGGCCUUUAUUAACUAGCUUUAGAGCUCUAAUUAUACUAUGCAGGUUGCAGCUGGCAAGAAUAUCACCCUCCUAUACAAAAAGCUUUGUCAAGACCAGCCCGAAGAUAGUCAAGCGCUACACCGUCUACCGCCGCUAGGACCAGCUUAUAGAGAGCCUUAAUAAGCUUACCAGCGUAAUUUAUCUACGCGAAAGAUUUCCAAGCAGGAUCGCAAGACGCUGCACUCUAGCUUCGCUGACACCUAUAACUUAGUAGAGAAGCCUACCCGCGGACCCAAGUACAGCACCGCGCUGGACAAGAAGACCAGCGUUUGCUAUAGCGGUGGUCGCAUGAAGGUCCACAUCAACCGCAACGUCGAGGUCCGCAUCGACAAAUGGUGGAAGCCGCAACGCCUUAAUGCGCUUCGCCGCGUCUUGCAGGGAGGGUUUCCGACUCAGUACGAUGAGAAUGAGGCAGUAAGCCGUAUCUUGCCAUUCACCAUGGCCAAGACCAGAGUCUAGACCACUCUUACUCACCUUGUCUUGAACGCGAAGCAUCACGCCAGCCCAAGUUGACCAAUACCGUUCUACUUCUCAUUUAUCUCUCAUUUGUCUCAUGGUACACGUCAGAGACAGUUUUACGGAGAACAAACCCCUGGGUCCUCAUCAUCUCUUUCCGUUCUGAUCAACAAGCAGACGGGUGUACCGUCCACAUUGUAUUUCC